GCAGUUUGAUUAUCUCGCUUUAGGUCAAAUGUCUGUUUGUUUUUGUUGUGAUUGAAUAGGAAAUCAUAUAUUUAAACAUGUUCCUAUCAAAUUGUCUAGAAUGUUGAUGUUAAUAUAACAUUGAAAUUAUUUCAUAAACUACUAUGGGCAAUUGUUGUCGAAUGCGAAAAGCUAGACGAAAAAUAGUUCUUUUAUUGGUUGGAUUAGAUAACGCAGGUAAAACUAGGGCUGCAAACGGAUUAGCAGGUGAUCCUCUGAGCUCCCCAGUUCCCACAGUUGGUUUCUCAAUCAUAAAUCUAAAGUAUUCCAAUUAUGAUGUCAAAAUCUUUGACUUGGGAGGUGGAUCCAACAUAAGAGCCAUUUGGCACAAAUAUUUUGUUGACGCUUAUGGCUUGAUAUUUGUUAUUGACUCAAGUGAUUUUUCCCGUUUUAAUGAAGCCAAAAUGGUGCUAGAAGAUAUUCUAUACAGUGACAAAAUUGCUGGUAAACCACUGUUGGUGCUAGCUAAUAAACAAGACAAUGAAAAUGCUCUAGAUGAAAUUGAUGUUAUUGAAUAUCUGAACAUUGAACAAUUAGUGAAUAACCGUAAAUGUCCUACAUUAGUCCAAAGCUGUUCAGCAACAGAAAAUGAUAGCAACAAGGUGGAUCCUGGAAUAAGAAAAGGAUAUGAGUGGCUGCUCAAUAACAUAGAUAAAAAUUAUGAGAAUCUGAAUAAAAGAGUAGUGAAUGAUGUUCAAGAACAGGAAAAACAAGAAAAGGAUGAAUUUCUGUUGAAAUUAGAGAGAAUAAAGAAUCAACAUAAAAGGGAAGAGAUUAAAAAGAGUGAAGAUGCUAUAGAAACAUAUUCAGAAUAUGUGAAAAAAAUCAAUAUGAAAACUGAAGAAACUGUUGUUGCUCUUGAACCAACAAUUGCAUUUGAAGAUAUUGAUAAAAAAAGCAAUUCUAGCAUAACCACUUCAUUAUCAUUCCCCUCUGUAUAUGUGAGUGAAAAAACAAGGGAAAGACCCAAAUCUGCAGUUGAACUUGUGAAACACCAAUUGCAGCUCAAGCCCAAGUUGCGAAAACUCUCCCUGAAAUCAAAAUCCAACAGGACAGCCCCCAUGAAUCUUUAUGGGGUGAAAUUGCCCCACUCUGCUGGGGAAACUGACGGAGUGAAGUCUGUUGAUAAACGUACCUUGAGAUCGGCAGACGAUUGUCUUUUCACCGUUAGUAAAUCGGUUUCAAAUAAACUGGAUAACACAGGUGCAAGUGGGGACCAUGGGAUUCAGCCGAACGUUUUUGAAAAAAUCAUGUUGCCUCCACUGAAAAGAAACAAUGAUACAGUGCCUUGGAAUGCUACGAAUGGUGUUAUGAGUGUUGUUGAUAUUGAAUAGUUUUGACAUCACUAUAUAUGUUUAUAUUGUUCAUGCCCUAAGUCAAACACAAAUAUUUUCUAGUCUAUUUUAUGAUCUCUAAUUUUGUACUUUUCGAUAGUUGUUUAUUAAUAAAAUGCGGGGUCCUCGUGAGUUUGGCUAACGAUUAUUUAAUUUUUGAUAAAAU